AUGACGGACUCGAUGAGCUCCAAGGAUGCGCGGAUUGCAGUGGGAACAGUCAUGGAAACUGACAACGACGAGGCCGAGCUCGCGAGAAUGGGAUACAAGCAGGAGCUUAAACGAGAGUGGGGGCUAUUGCAGAACUUUGGUGUCUCCUUCUCGAUCAUCAGUGUAAUCACUGGUGUCAGCUCCCUUUUUGCAUAUGGCUUGAGCACUGGUGGCCCUGCGGUUAUGGUUUGGGGAUGGGUUGUCGUAUGUACCAUGCUUUACAACACUUGUCGGGCUUGCCAUGGGAGUGCACAUCCGACAAGUGGCGGGCCAUAUUUCUGGGCUGCUAUGUUGACGAAACCCGAGCAUGCAGCCUUUGCCUCAUGGAUCACCGGCUGGUUUAAUUUGCUUGGUCAAGUGGCUGUCACCACCGGUAUCAGUUUCGCGUGCGCAACCUUUAUUUCGACGCUGGCAACGUUCGACACGGAUUUCGUUCCAGAGGCAAGGAUAACUAUUGGGAUAUAUGCCGCAGUGCUCAUCGCACAGGGUUUGAUCAACACUUUUGGCGUGCAUCUGCUGAAGUACCUGAACAAUGUCGCCAUAUUCUGGAAUGCACUCGGAACGACAGCACUCGUUAUCGCGAUUCUCGUUACCGCGCCCAAACACCAGACUGGCCAUUUCGUGUUUCAGACUUUUAUUGACAAUACGGGUAUUGACGGUAUGGGAUGGAGCCAGAGGGCCAGUCCUGCAUAUGUCGCCGUUAUCGGAAUUCUCAUGGCGCAGUAUUCGCUGACAGGAUUUGAUGCCAGCGCUCAUAUGACUGAGGAAACGCACAAUGCCGCAGUGUCCGGUCCUGUCGGUAUCGUCAUGGCCAUUACAACGUCUGCUGUCCUGGGAUGGUUCCUUAUCCUAGGCCUCCUUUUUUCCAUCCAAGACUUAAACGCCACUGUCAGCACAUCCACUGGAGAACCUGUGGCCCAGAUAUUCUUGGACACGGUAGGCGAAAAGGGUGCCAUCGUACUCAUGGUGAUCGUGAUUGGCGCCAUGUUUUGGUGCGGAGUGUUCUCUAUCACAUCAAAUAGCAGGAUGAUGUAUGCUUUCGCCCGGGAUGGCGGCAUUCCGGGCCAUAAAUUCUUCCAGAAGGUCGAUGUGAAGCGCAGAACCCCUAUUCGCACAGUAUGGCUGGCAUGUACCCUGAGCUUCUGCCUAGGCUUACCGAGUCUGGGUAGCUCGGUCGCCUUUUCAGCUGCAACAAGUAUUGCCACGAUUGGGCUGUACAUAUCCUAUGGCAUUCCGAUAGCAUUGCGUGUGAUCUACGCCUCCCGGUUUGUCCGCGGACCUUUCCAUCUUGGCCGCUUCUCCUUCCCUGUUGCAAUCGCAUCAGUCCUUUGGAUCUGCUUCAUUACCAUUGCAUUCAUCUUACCCGAAGAGAACCCAGUCAACUCUCAAACGCUGAACUACGCCAUUGUAGCCGUCGGCAUUGUCGUAACGUAUAGCCUCGGAUUUUGGAUGUUGAGUGCACGGAAAUGGUUCACUGGACCUGUGAAGCAAGUUGCUGCUGAGGAAAUGGGCAUCGAUGUAAUGAAUCCAGGCGAGCUGGAGAAGCACGUCGAUGGCAAAAUAUCAUAG